AUGUGGGCGGCGAGGAGUGCGCAGAGGCACUGCCGGAGGGCCGUCUCUCUCCUCCAGAGCAGGUAUUUCCGCCAUUCCCGUCUCCUGCUCUCCUACCGGCUUGCUUCCCCAAGCUGAUUCCUCUGGAUUCCUCUUCGGCUUCUUCCUCGGCCGCUUCUGUUCUUGCUGCAGGAAUCUUCUGCCGGCGCCCCUCCCCUUGGCUCGCAAUGCGAACCACGGGAUGCAGGCUCCGGCAGCUUGUGGAGUAGGCGCCGCCAUGGUCCCUCCGCUGUGUGGUAUCAGUGGGGCGAGGUUCAUGUCGAUGGAGAGGGGGAGUAGCAGCAUGAGGAGCAAGGUGGAGCGGAGGAUGCGGAGAGAGACGGGGAAGACGCUGAGGGAGAUACGGCGGGCGAGGAAGCUGAGGAAGAAGCUGAUGACGGACGAGGAGAGGCUCAUGUACAACCUCAGAAGAGUAAGCCCCUUCUGGAUUCUCUCAAUCAACCCCUACUGGAAUUGAAUUUGGUUCCUGAUCCUUUCGAUCGAUUUCAAAGUCAUGGAUGAACAAAUUCGACCCUGAAGAGGAUCUUCCGAGCUCUGAAAACACGGUCUCGGUGCUUCCGAGCUCAUCUCAUUCCAACUUCCUGAAGAUUUUUUAGGAUAAGAAUAUGCAUCCUAGUUCUUUUGAUCUACCUCAAGAACAAAAAUGAUCAAAAUAAACCAUGGAGAGGAGCUGUGGAGCUCUGUCAACACGGUCUCGUUUGUCUCAUUCCGAGUUUCUUUAGAUUUCUAAGUUGAAGAGCAUUAUUCCUGAUUCUGUCGAUAUCCUCACUCACUAGAAUAAACAAAAUAAACCAUGAACAGGAAGCAUCGAACUCUGUAAACACAGUCAUGGUUCUUCCGAGCUCAUAUCAUUCCAACAUCCCUUAGAUUUCCUAGGAUCAGGAUAGGACAAGACCCCUGAUCUGGAAAAAACUUCUUCAAGGCCUCAUUAUACUGGAAAUUUCUGGAUGCUCGUGCUAGAAAUUUGGCCAAUUAUAGAAUUCAGUCGUAGAAUAACCGCCCCCAUCUUCACAUGCAUCAUUGAUUUGAUCCACCUUUCCUGUUGAAGGCCAAGAAGAAGGUAGCUCUGCUGCUCCAGAAGCUCAAGAAAUACGAGCUGCCCGAAUUGCCUGCUCCCCGCCAUGAUCCAGAGCUACUGACGCUAGAGCAGCUCCAGGCAUACAGGAAGAUUGGCUUCAGGAACAGAAACUACGUCCCUGUGGGAGUUAGAGGGGUCUUUGGCGGAGUCGUCCAGAACAUGCAUCUCCACUGGAAGUUCCAUGAGACCGUGCAGGUCUGCUGCGAUAACUUCCCAAAGGAGAAGAUCAAGGACAUGGCAACCAUGCUGGCAAGGCUGAGUGGCGGCAUCGUUGUGAACAUCCAUGAUGUGAAGACAAUCAUCAUGUUCCGGGGGAGGAACUAUCGGCAGCCAAAGAAUCUGAUUCCCAUCAACACUCUUACGAAGAGGAAGGUGCGGAUCCUCUCCCCCUCAACACCCCCACCACCCUUUUUCUGAGAUUAAUUUUUAUGUGAGAAAGUAUUCUCUGUUUAUGUCUCAUGAGCUCCUUACUAUCCUCCCAGGCUGGUUUGAUUCAAAAUUUGGUGUCAUUUCUCACAGAAACCUGUUCAUCUAAUAAAAAGAAAAAGAACUGUUGGUUUUUCUGUCAUUCAAGCUUUUUUCUCUGCUUGUGGCUCUUGAGCUACUUACUACUUUUCCAGGCUGGUUCGAUUCAAAAUUGAUUGUCUUUUCUUGCAGAAACCUGUUCAUGUAAUAAAACAUUUUUAGGGUUCAUUCACCUUAAAAAAAGAAAAAAAACUGUUUGUUUUUACGCCAUUCAAGCUUUUUGGGCAGAGGUGAAGAACCCAUUUGAAGAGAUCCCAGGCAGUGAAUAAAGUAUGAUCUAUAAAAGGAAUAUCUUGACUGAUCUCCAUUAACUUUUAUAUUUUUUUCUUUAAUUUACCAUGUUCUUGUCUGGGUUCUCUUGCCUCGUGUCUUCGUUUGCAUCUAAAAAAAAAAGGCCUCCAGACUCCAUGCUUGUUAUAGUUUCGCCGUAGAAAUAUGGUAGAGAAGAAGAUAUAAUUUAAGUUUCUGGUCUGAUGGGUGGAAUUUAAUGUUUCUUGGGCUUCGCAUCCUCUGGAUAUUCACCCUCCUCAUGAAACAUCCCACAUGAUUACUAUUUCAGGCAUUAUUCAAGGCCCGGUUCGAGCAGGCCCUCGAGUCACAGAAGCUGAACAUAAAGAAGCUGGAGCAGGAGCUGCGGCGGAAGGGGGUCAACCCAGAGGACCCGGUUGCCCUCGCCAGCAUCCAGCGGGUGGCCGCCACCUUCUUCCGCGCCAUCGAUGAGAAGCAAGGCACCCCCUAUGUCUUCCAGGGGGAAAGAAGCCCCACCUCCCCAAAGAAGGUGGCAGCAGCAGCGGCGGCAGUGGCAGCAGAGGAAGAGGAUGAAGGAAUCCCUCCAGAGGACAGUGACCAGGAGGAGCUUGACCGCUUCAUUGCAGAGAUUGAGGAGGCGGCAGACCGGGAGUGGGCGGAGGAGGAGGCGGCAGAGAAAGAAGAGUCCUCAAAGAUCAGAUACUGGGCCAAGGACAGUGGUGAUGGCGGCGGCAGCGGUGGUGAGCCUGAUUACAGUGGCCGGAGCCGGCGGGCUGCUGAGGUUCGAAGAUGGGUCAGCGACGAUGAGGAUUCAGGAGUCUCUGCCGGGGAAGAAUUUGAUUCUGACGUUGAGCUCUUGGAUGGUGGCCCAGAAGAAGGCAGCGGCAGUGGCGGUGGCCGCCGCUGCUUGGAGACCGGCAAUUCAAGGCCGAGGAGAGAAGAAGGCAGCCGAGCGGGCUCUUUUAGAGAGAGAAGGGCUCCUCCUUCCAGGGGAAGAAGAGCCGAUCCUGGUUGGGACUCUGGAUCGGACAGCGGAGUCUGGGAGGCCAGAACGAGGAACAGAGUGCAAGGUCAGGGCUGGAGACCGGAUGAUGCUGUCACAUCUGAGGGCUCAGAUGAUGAGGCGUGGGGAUCGGACGGCGAGGACGCCCCCUCCCCCAGACCACCCGGCGCCAGAUCUGUGUAUGAUUACCAGAGCAGCAGCGGCGAGGAAGGGUGA